AUGGAGUUAAAGAGUUAAGAAAUAUCAAACAUUAAAUCUAACAAUUUAAAUAUAUAAUGUCCAAACGAAGUUGAAAUUAGAAAACAUAGUUAUUAAACUACAAUAAAAAAUUUCAGAUAAAAAGUAGAACCAAAAGACACUUUUAUAAAUAUUGAAAGAAAUACACUCAACAGCAAUGUAGAACAUUAGAAUCAAAAAAAUUAAAUUAAGAGUAUAUAAAACUAAGAUAUGAUUAAAGACAAUUUAGUAAUAUAUCCGCUCUGCACACCAGUGUUUAACAUAGAAAAAGAUCUAUUAAAUAUGUCUCAGAGUUAGUAGUAAAUGAAUAGAGAUAGCUAAUUUUAGUUGUUCGAUAAGAGAGAUUAGUAAAAAAAAGAUAUAAAAAAUGAUAAUUUGAGCAAGAAUGUCUAAGAUACAAAACCGAACUUGUUUGUUAGUAAAUUGUAAACUGAAAGUAAAUACUAAAGCGAGAAAUUAGAAUUCAGUGAAUAUGGAAUUUUAGAUAGCUCUAGCAUACAAUAAGCUAAGAGAUAAUCUAUUAAAAAAGGAAUUGAAUUUUUAGUUAUAAAAAACAUUAAAAAGUUUAUAUCAAAUAUAAAAAAGAAAUCAAGAAGACUACUUUUCAAGGCAUUGUCUAAGCCAUAAUUUUUAUUGAUUAAUGAUGUCUCUUCAAAUUAUGAUUAUUACUUCGAAAAAGGAUACUUCAAUCUAAGUGUAUAUAUUUAUUUGGCAUUAUGA